AUGGCGUCGCCUCUGGGCUCGCCGUGGGCCGACCCUCGGAACCGGGCCUAUAGCCCGGAGCACCACCUCUCCAGCCACGCGCCGGAGGAUGUCCGGGACCAGUGCGACCCGGCGCGCGGGCCCGUUGGCAUGCCGCGCCUGUGUGCGUACGACGGCGAGUUCCAGGUCCUCGGCGGCCUCACCGUCACGGCCUUCGCGCGCACGAGCGGGGCGUUCGAGAGCGCCGCGGCGGCCGAGCGCGUGCCGCUGCUGCUGGAGCCCAGGCGCGGCGACCCCGAGUUCCAGGCCACGGUGCUCAACCACGGCAGCUCGAUCGUGCACGUCAGCGGCGACCCGGCGCUGAAGGUCUUGCCCUCCGACGCUGUCAGCCUGGACGUCCAGCUGAGUUACGACGACGAGGGCUCGGCGGCGCAGACGUGCAUCCUGGCCUCCCGCUUCCGCCACGCGGGCGGCUCCGUGGGCGAGGCUGCGACGCUUGACGGGUGCUCUUGGCUGGAGUACAAUGGGCCACGGAGCGUGCAGUUGGCCAGCGCCGCCGAGGAUGCCGGACUCGGCCCGGACGAGAGCGUGAACGUGACCGUGCUCACGACAGUGCAGCGGGCCGGAUAUCUGUGGGCGUACCCGACGGGCGUCAGCUUCCUCCUGCUGCGGGAGAGGGCGCAGGCUCCCUCCGUGUCCGGGGUGCAGGAGUCUAUUGGCAGCGCGAAGGUGGAGGCGAUGGUGUGGUUGCCGGGACAGGCAGCCGGGUCCAGCCCCGAGUGCUACUUCACCGUGCACCACGAGCAGGUGUCCGGGGUACUCUCGCUCGCGGAGGUGCCCGACGCCACGACCACGGUCGCCGACUGGCCCAGCGCCUUGAAGGCCACGAGCGUGCGGAACAGCGCGGCCGCCAGAGAGACUUGGGAGCAGGACGUGGGCGGCUCCUGCGCCUGGGGCGACGGGAAGAUCUGCCGCUUGGAGCUAGACGAGACCGAGCGGCUGCCGUCGUCACUGAUUCAGACGAGCGCCGACCUGCCGUACGUGUGCGCCUGGGCCGCCGUGCGGGGCUACCUGGGCUCGGUGCCCCGGUGCGUCAGGAUGGGCGCCGGCGCCGUGAGGGCACAGGUGGCGCCCAGCUUCGUGCCGCGCUCCGCCGCGGACGCGGAGCAGGCCGGCGCCGCCGCCGCCCGCGCCGGCAGCCUCGGCGCCCUGGGCGGCGACGCGGUCACGCUGGGCGGCGGGGCGGCCGAGGCCCUGCGCGGGCGGGCCGCGGCGAGUCGCCCACGGGCCUGCCGGUGUUCUUGA